UAUUAUUACACCAUGACAUUUUCAGUUGUACUUUUUUUGUGGGCAUUUUCUACAAAUUAAAGAUUUGUAAAUUUUAAUUAUUAAAAAAUGGAAUUAGGUAAAAAGUUGUUGGAGCAAGGCUGGCACAUAACUGAUGAAGGUAUUAAAAAAGUUAUUGCUGCAGCUUCCAAUGGAGAUGGUACGGAAGUCAUUGAUCUCCGAAAUCUAAUUGCUAUCAUAAUGAAUUUGGAUUUUCGAGAAAUCGCUGGUGGCGCUCUUCCUAGUAAAAGAGACAAUAGUAUUCCUGGUCCAAUUGUUCUCCAAGUGCAAAAAAUAAGGAAUAUAUCUGCGCCAAAAUCAAACGAGGAAUCGAAAACCGCUCCAAGAUUUUUACAAUUGGAAUUGACUGAUGGUCAAACAACAAUCCAUGCCUUAGAACUAGAAGAUAUUUCGACAUUGGACAUGAACAUACCACCGGGAACAAAAAUUUAUUUUCGCUCCGAACGACUUAAUUUAAUGCAAGGUUUUUUAAUCUUACGUUCUUCAGAACUACAGGUUUUAGGUGGUAGAGUUGAGGCAAUGGUGGAAAAAUGGGAGCUGGCACGUACUAUGUUAAAAUAUGCUGAAAGUGGACGUAGAAUGAGCGGAGCUAAUUGUCCGCCGCCAUGGAUACCCUUUGGAAGAAAACUAGAAAAUUCACUUGCAAAUGAGCGUAACUUUAAAAGUUUACAAGGUGCAGGAUCAGAUGGAAAGGAAAUAAAAGAGAACGAGGAGUUUAAUACCAUGCGUAACGAAGCAAUAGCAGAAGCUAGCAAAACUGGCCCAAAAAAGAUCUUUGGUGGGGGCGGGCAACAAAUGCUGGAUCACAAUGUUAAAAAAAUACUUGAAAAAGGUUUCAGUGAAGAAGAUGCGAAACAGGCCUUGCGUACUACUAAUAAUAAUUUGGAACGUGCUCUAUAUAACUUAAAACGUCGCGGAGAAAUCAAAAAAGUGGAAGAAAAUGGAAAUGGAAGGGAAAAUUUCAAAAAUACUCAAGCUAGUUCAUUUUUAUCAGCACGAGAAAUGGGAUCUGGAAAACGCGUAGGGCCAUUGGCAAAAAAAGAGGCAAUUGGGGCGAAACCAGCAGGAAAUGUAUCCCUUUUUGAUUUCUUGACUGAUAAAUUACCAGUAGAUACUGGAUCGACUAGUUAUCCGGCAUAUUCAAGAUCUACUACGAAUAUUCCUGACGAGUCGACAAGAUCAAAUAAAUUUGAAAAAAUUAAGAAGGAAGCACUCAAACCUAGUAGUACUGAAAAGAAAACAGCUGAAAACAUUGUUCACUCUAAUUCUAACACAUUGCAUGGAAGAUUUGAAAAUACUAUGUCUAGCAGUUUUGCCGCUAACCGCUCGACUGGCCCAGUAAAUGUACGACAAAGAAGUGAUCGUGGUAACACCAAUAUUAGGGAAGGACGUAGUUUUAAUGAAAGGAUGAAGAGUACAUUGACUUUUAAUCCGUUUAAAGAUCCUGGAAAUGACCGUAAUACGGAGACUAUUCGUUCUUCCAGUAGUCCCUCCUCAAGUAAUAAUCCAAAUACAAACCAAGGUCGUAAUAACCGGGAAUCGUAUGACCGAGGAAGAAUUGCUAAUCCUUCAAGUGAAGAUUUACCUGAAAGUGGAGCCAGUAAUUAUGCAAACAAGAGAGGAAACGAAAAACAACAGCAGAGAAAUCAUGGAGGAGCAGAACAUAUCAGCGGACACAAUGAAAACAGAAGCCGAUUUACCAACAAACGUGAAAAUAGCAAUCAACAUCAAAAUAAUAAUACUUAUAGUAAAAAUAGUAGUACAACUAAAAGCACAGCUACGGUAAAUUCAAACGCUAGUAAUGCCAAUCAAAUGAAUAAAUUAAUUGAAGACACUUCCAAACUGAAAAUUUCUGCUUCCGGUCGUAGUCACACAACGACCGGUAGCACAACUGGUGAAUUUCAUUCUAACUUGCAACAAUCUGAGAGUGCUUUGCAAAAUUUCGGAGCGAGUCAGCCAAAUCAAAUACAAAGCUCUACACAAGCUAAUAAUGGUUAUUCUUACGACACAAGUAAAAUAAUUGGUUUUCAAAACAAACAAACAAAUGAAUUUGCUAUGACGUUGUUGAAGAGCCAAGGUUCAUCAAAGUCAGUUUUAUAUGCCCAACUACCACAGCAACCUUCGUCAUCUCGUUUACAACCACCGUUUCAAAUGAAUUCGUGUGUCUCUCCUACAAGUGACUGUUCGGUACCCACCCCACCGAUAACAUCAACUGUAGCACCAAUCCCAAGUCAUUUUGGAAUGGUACAAGGUGAUGGCUGGCACUGGAAAAUUGGAGAUCUCUGUUUUGCUAAAUACUGGGAUGAUGGACGGUAUUAUGAAGCUGAAGUAACCGCGGUGUCCGAGAAAACAUGUGUAGUAUUUUUCCUUGGAUAUGGAAACCACGAGGAAGUUUUAAAAACUGAUUGUCUGCCUAUAACCGAUGGCAACCAUUGUCCUGUGAAUUAUAACAGUUCCUUGCCUUAUCAGCAAUCACUUCAAGGAAAAUCCAAUGCAAUAUCUCCAAUUCAUUCACCUCUACAAAUCCAACAGGGUGCGUAUCAACGCGGCGGUGGGGGCACGCCACGUUUUCGAAGUGAGAGGCAAAUGUAUGUGCCACCACACAAACGUGAAAAUUGACAGAUGAUAAAAUAUAAACAAUAAAUGUAUUUCAAUCGCAACAGCAGCGAAUUCAGUAUUUAUUAAAAUGAACACUGUUAAAGAAAUAUUCACAUUAGACUAAAACUAUGAAUUAAGUAUGCCCUUAGAAGACAGGCGAGUUAAAUUUCUUCACAAGACCGUUGAUAAAAAAAAGAAAAUAAAAAAAAAACAUAUAAACAUCAGAAUUAUGAAAUUAUGUAAAAAUUUUUCAAAUAUAUUAAUUAGAACACGUUCAAUAUUACAAUGUAUGCAUGAUUCUCAAUUUGAUUUUAUUACUUUGAAUUCACAUUUACAUAACAAUUAGCCUAGAUGGCAUAAAAUACAAAAAAAAUAAAUUGCAUUAGUAGAAGUCAAGGAAAA